AUGGCUGGUACUGGGCAGAUGCAGGGCCAAGGUACGGUGUCUGAGUUGCGGCAGGGGAGUGGUUCGCCUGCUGGGCGUCAUGACGGAGAGAGUAGUCCACAGAGAGGGGGUGGCACUCUACCGCAGGGGGACUCUAGGAACCUGGAUGAGGCGGCGUUUUAUCCGACAACAGUGCCGCCUUUCUAUUUGGAGGAGCAAUUGCACAAUAUGGAGCAGACUGGGCAUCUGGUCACUGGUGGUGGUGCCGCACGGGACGAGAGAACCACGGAGAGUAGGUGGCUCUCUGUGUUGGAUAAUAUAGGGUCGAAUGUCAAUUAUGUCGACGGGCAGAAAGUGAAUCUGUUUGACCAGCGAAGUUCGGUGGCAUCGUCCAGCAUGAACAGUUUUGACAGGUACUACGAUGCCGCUGAGAAGGAGAGGAUCAAAAACGAAAUACUGAGCGACUUGGACACACCUUGGGACGGGGACAAGCGCCUGGAGGAGCUAUUCAGUAUACCCAUAUUAGGGAAGUACAACUUCAAGAAUCAAAAGGAUAAAGAGGACUGGCUCGAGUUUGUGGAUAAUAUCAAACAGUCAGUGUACAACCCAGAUUACAAGGGGAAAUUCCCAGGGGACGAAGAUGAAGACUUGGAAUUUGAAAGAGGGUUGCCGCUGACCAAACAAGACUGGCAAAAGCAACUGGAGUUUGAGAAGAAAAGGUGGCGCAGGUACAAGGAAAGGAAGAUCAGGAAGUUGAGGCCCAAGGUCGUCAGUCUGCUGAUCCACAACCAGUACGUCCCACUCGCAUUUCGAUUCACCAUCGGCGUUGUGGCGCUGAUAUCCCUCGCGCUGGCGGUAAGGGUUUUCCAGAACUCGAACGUGACGAUCGAAGUUAUGAACAGAUCGCUUCCGCAGCAGCCGAGCACAAUAAUGGCCAUUUGUGUCAAUUCGAUAGCGGUUUUCUAUACCAUCUUCAUUGCCUGGGACGAGUUCACAGGGAAACCCCUGGGUCUGAGGGAACCGCUGAGCAAGCUGCGGAUUAUCCUGCUGGACUUGCUAUUCAUCAUAUUCACCGCGGCAACACUCGCACUAGCAUUCAACACAAAAUUCGACGAUCAAUGGGUCUGUAGCAGUUACUUCCCAGCACCGGACACGACGGACUUCUUCCCGUCGAUACCGCACAUCUGUCGGAAACAAAAGGCACUGUCCUCUUUCCUCUUUAUUGAGGUGUUUUUCUGGGUGUUGGCCUUCAUCGGCAGCAUGAUCAAGAUAGUGGAAAGAGCCAGUUCCAAAUCUGCAAGAGGUUGA